UGAGCUGUCAAUUUGCGUCGGUGGCUGGAAAACGGAUAGGUUGCCGGCGUUUAUUUCUCCAAUUUCGUUUUAUUUAUUAUUUUCUAUGUAAUUUUCAGCAGGACUGAAUUAAAUUCAAAAUGACCGUGGAAGUGCAGAGCAAGGCGAAGCUGCCGCAGCUUACGUCUGACAAACAGCUAACAUUUAUAAAAUUGGCUGUUUUGUCGAUGGCAGCGAUUUUGUCGUUUGCGACCCGGUUGUUUUCCGUGCUGCGAUUCGAGAGCGUGAUUCACGAGUUCGAUCCGUACUUCAACUACCGGACCACCCGGUACCUGACUGAAGAAGGUUUCUACAAUUUCCACAACUGGUUUGAUGACCGGGCAUGGUACCCUCUAGGCCGUAUCAUUGGUGGCACGAUAUACCCUGGCCUAAUGGUGACAUCGGCAACGCUAUACAAUGUCAUGCAGUUUCUCAACAUCACCAUCGAUAUCCGCAAUGUGUGCGUCUUCCUUGCACCUUUCUUCUCCUCACUCACAACUAUCGUCACUUACUUGCUGACGAAGGAGCUCAAGGAUGAAGGCGCAGGCUUAGUCGCCGCUGCGAUGAUCGCCAUCGUGCCGGGCUACAUCAGCCGCUCAGUGGCCGGCAGCUACGACAACGAGGGCAUAGCCAUCUUCUGCAUGCUGCUCACGUACUACUUCUGGGUGAAAGCCGUCAACACCGGCACCAUACUGUGGGCCACGAUGACAGCGCUCGCUUAUUUCUACAUGGUGUCGUCAUGGGGAGGCUACGUGUUCCUCAUCAACCUGAUUCCUCUUCACGUGCUGGCUUUGAUGCUGCUCGGUCGAUUCUCAUCCCGAGUGUAUGUGGCAUACAGCACGCUGUAUUGUGUGGGCACUAUACUGUCCAUGCAGAUCUCCUUUGUCGGCUUCCAACCGGUGCAGAGCUCGGAGCAUAUGCUGGCGCUGGGCACGUUCGGUCUCUGCCAGCUAUACGCGUUCGCCCAAUACCUUCGCGCGCGCCUGUCUCCCGCCAACUUCGAGCUACUCUUCAAGGCACUUCUGACCACGCUACUGGCAACGCUCGGCACCGCCGCCGCCGUGCUCACCAUCACCGGAAAAAUUUCACCAUGGACUGGACGUUUCUACUCUCUGCUGGACCCGUCAUACGCUAAGAACCACAUUCCUAUUAUUGCGUCCGUAUCGGAGCACCAGCCGACAUCCUGGUCGUCGUUCUACUUCGACCUGCAGGUGCUGGUGUUCCUGUUUCCCGCGGGACUGUACUUCUGCUUCAGCAAGCUAACUGAUGCCAACAUCUUCAUCAUCCUGUAUGGAGUGCUUAGCAUCUACUUUGCUGGUGUGAUGGUCCGUCUUAUGCUGGUGCUUGCCCCAGUGAUGUGCAUCGUGUCAGGGGUCGCCGCCUCGAGCCUGCUCAGUUUACACGUUAAGGACAUUGAGCCUAAAGUGGAGAAACAUGAAAAGAAGAAAAAGCACGAAAAUAACUUGGUCUUCAGGUCUGAGGUCGGCGCAGUAUUCGUAUGCGUGCUCGGCUGUCUGCUGACGUCAUACGUGUUCCACUGCACGUGGGUGACGUCAGAGGCGUACUCGUCGCCUUCCAUAGUGUUAUCGGCGCGCGCGCACGACGGAGCGCGGAUCAUCUUCGACGACUUCCGCGAGGCUUACACUUGGCUCAAGAUGAACACGCCUGAGAACUCAAAAGUGAUGUCAUGGUGGGACUACGGGUACCAGAUAACAGCGAUGGCGAACCGAACAGUGAUAGUGGACAAUAACACGUGGAACAAUACGCAUAUCUCCCGCGUGGGGCAGGCCAUGGCGUCGACCGAAGAGAAGGCUUACGAGAUCAUGCAGGAACUCGAUGUGGACUACGUGCUGGUUAUAUUCGGAGGCUUGGUCGGGUACUCGUCGGAUGACAUCAACAAGUUCCUAUGGAUGGUGCGCAUCGGCGGCAGCACGGAACGCGGUGCGCACAUCCGCGAGGCCGACUACUAUACAGGAGCCGGCGAAUUCCGCGUAGACGCCGACGGCUCGCCCACGUUGCUCAACUGCCUAAUGUACAAGAUGAGCUACUACAAGUUCGGGCUCGUCUACACCGAGGGCGGCCGCCCGCCAGGCUUCGACCGCGUGCGCAGCGCCGAAAUCGGCAACAAGGACUUCAACCUCGACGUAUUAGAGGAAGCCUACACCACCGAGCACUGGCUGGUGCGCAUCUACAAGGUCAAGCCGCUGCCCAACCGCGGCGUGUGAGCCGACGCGCGCGCUUUCCUGCACCGCGCGAUACGGGCCACGCUCGACGACCUACACGCGUUCCGGAAUGACGUCGUCGAGCAGUACCUGACGAUUAUUGCCGAUUUGAUAAGUCUGAGCGGUUGAUUGCGAUUAUUAACACUUUUUAGACCCGAAAGCCACGUUCGUAUCAUUCCUGAUAGCUAAAAUAGAGACGCACGGGUCCCAACGCGACAUUUUUAUAUGAGUUAGGAUGAUUGCUAUAGUAAUUGGCCUAUACAGGGUGUUAGGUAAAUGGGUAUAUGAGCCGACACUAACCCAUGUUAACAUAUGCAUAUAAAUGGUAUGGUGAAGUCAGAAAUUUGAUAUCAUCAUUUUAAUUUUUUAAAUGUUCAUACAAAAUAAAAUUUAUAAAAUAACUUCCAUUAGGCUUGUUUCUUUUCAUUUUAGGCAAGUUGGCCAAUAACUAUGUAUUGGCUAAUUACUAUAGCGAUCACCCUACAUAAUGUACGUUUCAGUUGCUAUGCAAGCAGACUGGCGGCUCGCGGCGUCGUCGUGUUUCUCUAUUGUAGCUGAAAUGGAUAGCGAGUUUAAAAUCUUACAUUCCUGACAGAUUCAAUUUCAUAAUCGCUUCGUUGUGCGAAGUAAUUAGGGACAAAAAACAGAUAUUAGAGAGAUCCGAUUUAAAGCUGUCACAAAUGUUAGAUACUUUGUCGUAAAGUCCAUGCUAGUAGCGCUGGCACUGUUAAAAAUAGAAGACACAAAUACGCAACAAUCGCUAGGAUAAGUUAUGUUAACAAAUGACGCUCGGUGCACGGAAGCCUUCACGUUCAGUUACCGUUCCGAUUGCCUUUAAUACAUACAAAGCAUCAUCCAAACACGUCUCUUAUUAGCUCAAUAACGAAUGAAAAGUUGUGCACCCAAUGUUAAUUGCAAUGUAAUACGCUGAGUGUAGCACUAAACAAAAAUGCAAAUGGGCUUUGUACAUAUUUGAGGAAUUCAGAACGUAACAUAAUAUUGUUCCAUCAAUUUCCUAACGGAUUUUGGACACUUCAUUUUACAGUGAUAAACUAAGGACAAAAGUUGAGUGUUAAAGUUGAUAUGUGAUUGAAGUCACAAAGUAUGUCGUAAGUUGUGUGUGUUGAAUACAAAAUAUUAUGUGCAAUCUUCAAACAAUAACCAAUUUAUUUUUAUCAAAUGCCUGAUCACCGAACUGUCAUAUUUAUAAGUGGUGCAUUUAUUAUUUAGUGAAAAAUAGACUGAAACAUGUCAGUUAGUUUCACCAUAUUGUGUAAUUUUUCUAAAUUAUAUUGAAGUAGUGGACACUAUUAUUAGGGAGCAUUAAGCCUGCACCAGAAGGCGCAGUAUAUUUGUCAUACAUUCAUUAUGAAUGAACUAGUAGAUAAUCGCACAAAUAAUUCACAGCCUUUCACGAAACCGUUCUAGUAGUUGAAUAGGAUGACAUUAACAGAUCUUUAUUUGUAAAUGUUAAUGUUAUUACAUUUCAGUGUUAUCUUAUUUUUGAACUAGCAAAAUUGAUGAAUGCUUAAAUAUGCGAAUUAAACGAACAUGAACAUAAUUUAAUAGUGUGUUUAGUAAGAUUUAAUACAUUGUGUAAAAUAUUUAUUUCAGUUUUGCUAGUUCAAAAGUAGUAAUCAAUGAGGCAAGACCUAAAGUUGAUAAUUGUAAACAAUAAAAAGUUGUAUAAAUUCUUUUCUAUUUUUAUUUUAAAUAAAGUUUAAUAUGUAAUACA